AUAGAUCCAAUUCAUCCGCUCAUAAAAUCAUCUUCGGCAGUGUUCCCGGUGCAUUCGUAAAGAAUGUAGAAAUUUCAUUUUAACAAUUCAUUUUGUCGAAUCGGGAGAUUUUAAGUGUCAUUGUUUUCGUUUAAAAAAUUCCGCGCAUUCCACAUUUCUUAUGCCCCGUUUGCCUUAUUGAAAAUAUAAUUAUUAUAUAUCAAUUUUUAGGUUAUUGUACUUGUGGCAGCCAGAUAUCAUGUCAAAUAGUGAACGCAGAUAAUGGAAAAAUACACAUUGAAUGUUCUCUUCAUAGAGGAACAGAGAAAGGAAAAUGCGGUAAACGGUACCUCAGAGAACCCCUCCGUUCACAGUUAGCAGAAAAGCUCAAAUUCAAAUCAGCAGUCCUGUUACGUUCCGAAGAAGCCGCAGUUUUAAUGGAUGUUGGGGAUGACGAACCACCUCAUCUUUAUUCAGGCAAUGUUCUCAAGGUGGCAAAGGAUGAAUUUAUGGCUUCGAAUUAUAUCCACCAAGAUCCUUUGAUAGCAUUGGGCAUUAUGAAAAACAAGAACUUCAAGGACUCAAUACACAAUAUUGGAUACGACCCGUUUUUUGUUUUUUUUGGAAUCAACAAUCAGACGCAUGUUUACCGCUCAAGUGUGAAGCGGGGGCAUGUAACAUUAUGCAUUGAUGCAACCGGAAGUAUAAUUCAAAAAUUAAAAAAAUCGAUGGAUCUACAUCCAAACAUAUUUUUUUAUAUAAUGGAGUUAUCCAUACUGGAAGAUUGCAAUUUCCCAUAAUGCAGAUGCUUAGUGAAGUCCACAAUACAAACAUAAUCGAAUACUGGUUGAAUGAAUGGGUGAGAAUAAAUUCACCCCCAAUACCAAAAGAAGUGGUAUGUGACUCUUCAAGAGCUCUGCUCACUGCGACUGUAAGAUCUUUCACAGGCUACUUAACAAUUGAGGAUUACAGUCAAGCUUACUGGAUGGAGAAACCUCAAAAAUGUUAUAUCAGAAUAGAUGUAGCUCAUUUCAUUAAGAUAUACUCGAAUUUUUUGAGUAAACUCAAUAAGCCCAUAAAAAAAUUUUACCUGGCCUUGAUUGGGCAACUGGUUCUGACCCAAAAUAGAGAAGAAGCGGCGGAUAUCCUUUUUGCUUUAUUUUUGAUAUGUCAGUGUACUACUGGGGGAAGUCUUCGGAAUUGAAAUUCGACAUCUUGCAACAUACAUAAAAUGAAAAUGCGAAAACUUCUAGAUCCGGCGGCUGAAGUUUCGGAUGAUGAUGUGGUUGAGUUCCCCCCAGAAGAUGAGGGCAUUUUUUCUUCGAAAAAUGAAUUUUCGAAUAAAUGGACAGUUUGGGGGGAAAACAUCAAUUCUCAAGUACACGACAUAAUCCGAACUGAAGAGGGGGAUGAUGACAACGCGCAUUAUUUUCCAGAAUUGGCGAAAAAACUUUUAAAUGACCUCAAAUGGAUGCCCCUUUGGUCAUGCGUUGCUAGACCAAAAUUUGGCUAUGGGCGUAUACCAGCAUCUAGCGCACCUGUGGAAGGGCACUUCAAUAUAGUCAAAAAUCAAAUUUUCAAAUACUGUGCGAAGCCUGUACGAGCAGAUAAUUUCGUAGAAACAUAUUUGAAAUAUUUGGAAGGAAGUUUGAAAAUUAUAUCUUCCGAACUCAGUAAUCUCACAGAAGAAGAAACAAACGAAAAAGAUGAAGAAACAGAGGGUGCGAUAUUGGCAACGCAGGAAGAGGAGAACUGGGGGGGUCUAGGCAAUAAAAAAAAAAUGCCAAAGUCCUUAUACCUAACUAAAAAUUAUGAAGUUUUCGAUGCGCUAGAGGAUUUCAAAAAAGUUCAGAAAAUCCCUCUAAUAAAAAAUGGAAACCAUCCGUCUCUUCGGGCAACAAAUCUUGAAGGAAGUUCUUAUUCUUUAAGAAACACUUGUGCUUUCGACAGCCUGGUACAAAUAUUUCUUGUUGGAUUUCGGGACAAAGAAGAAAUCAGGAUUUCCCUCGAAAAGUUAGCUUCAGAAGGAAACAUGUUCCCAGAUAUAGUGAAGUAUAUCAGCUCCAAAGGAAUAAACACCCACUCAUAUCGUAUGCGAACUAUGAUACUGAAAAAUCUAUUCGAUACAAACACAAGACACAUAACAGAGAAUAAUUAUUUGGUCAUAUUUGCAGAUCUGCCAAGUAUGAAGGAAGUCUCAGUCUGUGAGAAUGGUUGUACUGCGAAACACAAGAACUUGAGAGUGCUUUCUGUCGACCACACAAAAAUUGGAAAAAAUUGUGAAAAUAUAAUUGGGGAACAUAUCGUUCUCAGGGGGAAACAGAAGUGCUACAGCUGCAAUGGGUACAGAGAAUCUGAAUUGACAGAGACAGGCCAAUACUGUUUCAUGGAACCGGUCAAUUUGAGUGACCACACAACGAAUUUGGACAUCUCCGUGGAAGAUAUUCCAAAAUGUUUUUAA